CGGCACAGCUGCAGCCUGCAGAAUCAGAGCUGUCAAUAUGGCGGACGAGGUGUCGCGAGCUCAAAGCGCGCAGCCGGGAGGAGACACGAUAUUCGGCAAAAUCAUCCGUAAAGAGAUUCCGGCCAACAUCAUUUAUGAAGAUGAUCAGUGUAUUGCCUUCAAUGAUGUGGCCCCUCAGGCUCCAACUCAUUUCCUGGUGGUCCCCAGAAAGCCCAUCAGUCAGAUCUCUAAAGUAGAGGAUGCUGAUAAAGAGCUUCUUGGACACAUGAUGAUUGUUGCUAAGAAGUGUGCCGAGCAGGUGGGACUGCCCAGAGGAUACCGACUGGUGGUCAAUGAUGGUCCUGACGGAGGCCAGUCUGUUUACCACAUUCACAUCCACGUUCUGGGUGGUCGUCAGUUGGGAUGGCCUCCUGGCUAACUGCUUUCUCCCACAAUUUCACUGUUAUCAAUAGUCAAGUCAUUGUUCACCGUAAGUGAGGUUAAUUGUUACACUGUCAAGUAGGAAUCAACCAGAAAACAACUAGAAAUAAACAAAUAAAGAUCUUUGAAAUGUCA